GAUUUAGGUUGACCACGGAAACAUGGAUAAUUUCAAGUUUUCUACUAUUUUAGCACUAUUUCUAAUCUUAGAUAUUUCAUCAGCUUUAUAUUUUCACAUAGCCGAGGGUGAGAGAAAAUGUUUCAUUGAGGAAAUACCCGACGACACCACGGUUAUUGUAAAGUACAAAGUGGAGCUAUACGAUCCUCGUUCUGGCGGUUUUAUGCCUUCGUCACCUGGUAUCGGCAUGCAUGUGGAAGUACGGGACCCGAACGACCGUGUCAUGCUAUCACGCGUGUACAAGUCCGAGGGCAUGAUCUCCUUCACGUCGUCGACUCCUGGAGAGCACGUCAUCUGCAUGUAUUCUAACAGUACUUCUUGGUUCAGUGGCUCACAACUGAGAGUCCAUCUUGACAUUCAAGUAGGCGAGCAUGCCAUUGACUAUGGCAAUGUGGCACAGAAAGACAAGCUAGCAGGACUGCAACUUCGCAUUCAGCAGCUUUUGGACCAGCUUCAUCAGAUAACUAAGGAGCAGAGUUAUCAAAGGCAUCGUGAGGAACGUUUCCGCCAAACGUCAGAGAGCACAAACCAGCGAGUUCUCUGGUGGAGUUUACUUCAAACCGGUGUACUUGUUGGUAUAGGGUACUGGCAGAUGAGACAUCUCAAGAGUUUCUUUGAGGCUAAGAAGCUAGUCUAAAUUAAAUUAUUUCACAUAGGAGGCCUCAGGCUUAUAAAAAUGUUUCCUCACAUAAUUAACGUGAACUAAUCCGUGAAAAAUAUCAAAUAGCAGAAAAGAUCUUUAGAAUGAAUGUCAUUGACUACAACAGAGUUCUUUACUUUCUCAAACAAUAAUAGAGACAACAUGUUUCUUACAACUAGAACAGAGUAGAAUGAGAUCAAGUAGGGGAGACUUCGUAUCCAACAACGAGCGCGGCUUGUAUGUGCAUGUGCAACAUUAGAGCACUCAAGGUCAUGCAAGAGUGUGCGUUCAUACACAGCGUCUGGUACGCUCCUUUCCAUUACAAUAGGGUAAUAAACCAUUAACACUUGUUUUACUUAAAGAGUACACGGAUUUAACGAUUUUGGUCCAUGGGUGCGCGAAAUACUUUUUCUGAAUUUUAGUUUUCAAUUGUUUCUUUACUUAACAGGUCGUUUUUCAUUAACAGUAGGUUCUUCGUAAAAUACCGAACGCCGACUCUUUUCUUAAUAAUUCAACAAGUUAUUUACGCAUAAAGAUUAUCAAGUUUAGAAAGUUUGCACUACACAAGUGGCACGUGCGUUACCAAAACGGUUCACUCUUUUGUCCUAUUAUACACUAAAGACGAAGCGAUAGGACGAAUUGGUGCAAAUAAUAUUUCGCCAACUAUACCAUACUGUUCUUUUUCUACUAUAAUUAGAAUAUAGAACAAAAGUAAGUGAAGUUUUUAAUAAAAAAACUAUUUGAAUUUUAAAAAACCCUUGAUAUGAAGUGUACUCUAAAAAAUCAACCUGUAACUUACAGAGAUGUUCAUCCAACAUAGCUACAAAACAUCCCAAUUACCAAAUAUAUUGAGAUAGUACCAAAAAACCCAAUAACUGAGACUAGAAGGUUGUAAUACUGUGGUUGGAAUGUAAAUUAUGAUGAUUAUGGGAAUUGCAUAUUGAAUAAAAACUAAUAAUUUCUGUAUAAAAUUUACUCUAAAGUACUUAUGUAUGAAAGUAUUGUGCACAAGUUCAUGGAAAUAGGUUUACAUAUAUCAUCUACACUAGCAUAUUUGUAAUUAGUUUUCAUUUUGUAUAUAAUGCAAAUAUGUCCAGUCCCAAGACUUCCUAUGUUUCAUUUAUUUUUAUUUUGAGCUGUUUACAUGAACUUUUAAAUACAGUACUGAAUUUUUUGCUGGCCAUGUUAAUUGCAUGAGUUUUCAUGCAGGUUUAGUGUGUGUUAAGAGGUGUCAUGUUUAACUUAAUGUGAUCAGCAUAAAAAACCGUAUGUGCUAAAAGAAUUCACGUCAAAUGGCCCUUAAGAUAAUAGUUGUGCUUUACAGAUUGUGUUAUAUUAAAUAAACAAAUAAAUGUGUAUAAUUUUAUUUUAAUUCACUACAGCCUUUAGCUCUGUAGGCACUCUUGUGGAUGAUCUGUAUUUUCCCAAAUAAAAGUCUAU